AUGAAGAAUGUUCAAAUAGCGUUACUACUAUGGUUGGUUUCCUUUUUUUCAUUUACAUACUCAAAACAUACACCAUCAGAUUAUAUAAAGGAGUUCAAUGAUUCUGCAAUAAAAUUGACGUUGGAAAAGACAACAUACUCCCUAAUCUAUUUUUAUUCCGACUCAUGCAAGUAUUGUCAAUUAUUCAACCCAGUUUUUGAAAAUUUAUGUACUUUGUACAAUGAAGAUAGUGAAGCAACGGGGUUUCAAAUCUUAAAGACAAACGCUAGAGUUAACAAGAAGCUAAGCAAACUUUUCGGUAUACGACACUAUCCCACUUUGAAACUUUUACAUUACCCAUCAAAGGAGAUUUUAGAGUAUGAGGGUAAACGAGAUUUACAUUCAUUGAUUGAUUACAUUGGAUCUAAAACGACAUUAACGCCCAAUUAUGAAAAUUUUAAAUCAGAAGUCAAGAAUAUUGAGAAUCCCAAGGAGUUGCUUGAGAACAGCAAAGACAAGUUGGUGAUUUUCAUAAUGAGCCAUUUGAUCGAUUGGCAGGACUAUCAUUAUCCAUCGCAUUACAUCCAACGGAUCUCAAACACGUAUGAAGAUAUCGACUUUUACGUCUAUCAUGGGGAUGAUCUAAACCAUGCUGAAUUAUUGCCACAGUUUGGCGUUAGUAAUUUCCCCAGUUUGGUGUACAUCAGAAACGGUGAAUUCAAAAGCUUCAAUACGGAACCGCCAGCUUAUCAGACGAAUGACAAAUUUAAUGGAGACAAAAUUAUAAAGUUUAUUGAGUCAAUUGAUCUGGAUGGUUCGUUGUGGCGGUCUAUAGAAGCUGUGAGUGUGGCCCCAGUCAUUGGUACUGAGCAAUUUGAGGACGAUGAAGAUUCUGAAGAAGAUAUAGAGCAUAUAGAAUUGUGA